AUGUAAAAGGAAUCAUUUAAAAAAUAAUAUUCCAAAGAACAAAGACUUAAAGAGAGUGAGAAUAUACUUAAACAUUAUUAAGAUAGAGUCCCUAUCAUAAUUGAAAAAGACAAAAAUUCAAGGUUACCUGAUUUAGAUGUUCAAAAGUCAUAAUAUACACUAAUUUAGAUAUCUCUUUCUUUCAAAUUUUAGAGUAUUUUAAUUAAAUACUUUAAUUCGAAGUAAAUUAAACCUAAACAAAGCUGAAGCAGUUUAUUUAUUUGUGAAUAGUAAAGUUGCUUUGAGAGGAGGUACAAUUAAAAGUUAAUUAGAUAUGAGUAUAAAAGAAGUUUAUGAUAAAUAUUAAGAUGAUGACAAAUUCCUUUACAUAUAAUAUUGCGAAUACAAUACAUUUGGGUUGUGA